AUGCAGAACAUACUGGAUCUGGAGCUGCAAAGAAUUGAUGACUUUCCCAAACUGGGACUAACCUGGGUGGAAUACAGCGCCUACGCUUUGGGCAUUAAUAUAGCGCCUAGGAAACGCAGCUCAAGACCCUGUGGAUUCUUGAGAUUCUUUGCCUUGUUUAUAAAUUUAGGCAUUAUCUACAGUCUUAUUCAGUUUAUUAUAGCAAAUUAUACGGUGUCCUUUGAAGCUUAUGUUGAGGCAGUGCUGCUUACUUUUCAGCUAUCUGUUGGAUUGGUAAAAAUGAUGCACUUUCACAAUUUUAUGGAGUCCUGCGCAGAAUUGGUAAGCACAACGGAGAGAGGUGAUGUGCUUAAGAAUUUGGGUCUGUUUGAGUUGGCCCUGCCUCAUAAGCAGGCAUUACGUAGAACCUUAGGUUCAAUAUUGACUAAAAAUUGGCAGGUGAUCGAUCGUCAGGUUAUGUUCUUUUUCAAGAUUGUCUGCAUGCCAGUUUUAUAUUAUACAAUGCGUCCUUACUUUCAAUACAUCUAUGAUUGUUAUAUUAUACAGGAUACUUGCGAAAUGACUUUGACUUAUCCAGCUAUAGUUCCCUUUUUGCAGCUCGGAAAACACGAAUAUCCUUCGUACUCCGUGCGCUUCUUUUUGCUACAAUCGGGUCCUAUUUGGUGUUUUUUUGCUGUCUUUGGCUUUAAUAGCCUCUUUGUGGUGCUCACCAGGCAUGAGGCGUGUCUUCUGGAGAUUCUACGUUAUCUGGUACAGCAUUCUACAAGCGAUGCUGUGGUUCCUCAAGCUUUAAGAGUGUCCUAUCUACGUUGCUGUGCCCGACUUUUUGCUCGUAUCUCCAGACAUCAUGCAAAGGUUGAAAACCUUUUCAAAUAUAUAAUUCUAGUGCAGUGUGUCAUCAGCAGCAUUUUAAUAUGCAUGUUGCUUUAUAAGAUCAGCACCAUAAUGGUGGUUAGCUGGGUCUGGAUGGGCAUGAUAAUGGUCUAUUUGCUAACCAUAACUUUGGAAAUCAGUCUAUACAAUGUCAAUGCUCAAAAGGUAGAAACACAGAGCGAAUUACUUUUUUAUGACUGGUAUAACUGCGCCUGGUACAAUGAAACCGAGGAUUUUAAAUUCAUUAUAAAACUUAUGCUGCUUUUUUCAAGAAAAACUUUUGUACUCAGCGUUGGCGGUUUUACCAAUCUAUCACAUAAGUUUUUGGUGCAGGUGUUUCGCACAAGUGGAAAUUUCUUUUUGCUAUUGAGAAAUAUGAAUAACAAAUAAGCAUAAAUACUUUAUACAAAAUU